CGACGGAUGGAGAGGCGGAUAAAUCGACACGGAACACGCCGUAUUUAAUGCGUGUGCGUGUCCCCCACCCCCCCAAGCGGCUAAGACGAUUUUGAAAGAGAGAAAAAAAAAACAAAUUGCUCGGCUAGGUCAUCGCGUAGGUAAACGGAUCCCGUCAAUUUCUCCGAUUCGCGUGCACCGUGCACACUCGCCCGCCAAACCGUUCGUUGUCGGACGAAAAACGCACAAACCGUCCGAGCCCAGAGCGUACCGGUCCUGCCGGACAUGCUGCACGCCUUACACGCCGACACUUGAGAGGCACAUCGACGCGCCAACGUUCCGCGUACCAUUUCACAUUAUGCCGGACGACACGAAACAAGAACGUUCGGACAAGGAACGCCGUGCCGACGACAAUAGGACGUCCGCGGAGAUGGAAGCCGAUGACCCGGUGCACAAGGCCCUUGGCGACUUCGGCUGGUGGCAGUUCUGGAUUACCCUGGCCCUGUCCAUGCUGAAGUUCCCGAUCGCCUGGCACCAGCUGGCGAUCAUAUUCCUAGCGGCCAGGACGCCAUUCCAGUGCGACAUCGACGACGCUACUGCUCUGCCUAACGUCACGGACACUCGGUGCACGUCCCGCGAUCCGAUCACGAUGGACGUCGUGCCGUGUCGGAGGUUCGCCUACGACCGGUCCGUGUUCCAAGAGACCAUCAUCACUGAGUGGGACUUGGUAUGUGGCAGAUUCCAACUAUCCAACAUUGCACAGUCAGUGUUCAUGUUGGGAGUACUCAUUGGCAACGUACUCUUCGGUAUGUUCUCAGACAAAUACGGUAGAAAAAUACCAAUGAUGUUCGCUAUUGUCUUGUUACUUGUUGCUGGAGUUGGCACAUCACUAGCUCCUUGGUACGAGCUGUUCCUGCCACUUAGGUUUGCAACCGCAUUAGCCAUUGGAGGUCUAAUGAUUAGUAGUUUCGUUUUAACGAUGGAAGUAGUCGGUGGAAAAUGGCGAACCGUGGUCAGCACAUUACAUCACGUCCCAUUUAAUUUGGGUCAUAUGAGUAUGGCUUUAAUCUCGUACUUCAUCAGAAACUGGAGACAGUUUCAGUUGGCCAUAACUUUGCCGUCAUUGUUCUUCUUCACGUACUGGUGGAUAAUUCCGGAGAGCCCAAGAUGGUUGCUGGCCGUCGGCAAGGAGAAGCAGGCGCGCCGGACACUGGCCGUGGGGGCGGAGCGCAACGGCCGGAAGCUGGACGGCGAGUUCGAGAAGUCGCUGCAGUGCGCGGCCACGGGCCACGGCACCGGGGACGAGGGCAAGGGCAACGUUUUCGACCUGUUUCGGACGCCGAACCUGCGGAAGAAGACGCUGGCCGUAUUCUUCAACUGGACGGUGUGCGGCCUGUGCUUCUACGGGCUGGCGCAGUACAUGGGCGAGAUCGGCGGCAACAUAUUCGUCAACGUCGCGUCCUCCGGGCUGAUCGAGCUGCCGGGCGCAUUCCUGUGCAUAUAUCUGAUGGAGAAGUUCGGCCGCCGGAACACGUUGCUGUCCGCCAACCUGGUGACAGCCGUAGCGUGCUUACUGAUCACGUUCCUGCCACAGAACUCAGAAGUUGAACGCUACAAGUUCAUACUGGCGUCGUUGGGCAUCGUCGGAUCGUCGAUAGCUUUCCCGACCAUUUAUUUGUUCAGCGGUGAACUGUUUCCGACGGUCGUGCGCAAUGUCGGAGUGGGGUCGGCUUCCAUGUGCGCCAGGAUCGGUUCCAUUAUAGCUCCUUUCGUUUCGUCAUUGGGAGUGUUUCACGUGUACCUGCCACCCAUGGUCUUCGGCACGUUUCCGCUGGUCGGCGCUGUUCUGUGCCUCCUGUUGCCGGAAACGAGAGGCGCCCAAUUGCCAGUGACGAUCGAUGAUGGCGAACGCUUCGGACUCAAAACCAAACCACCAACCAAGACUCCGGAAAAUGGAACGCAAAAUGUCGGAUUCGAGGCGGACGAACAAUUGUGACGUAAAAAAAUUCGUGUUUUAACCAUAGGUACACGAUGUACAUCGGCUAUGGAACUAUUAUUACUACUAUUUGUUAUUAUAUAUUUGUAUUAUAUAAUAUAAAUACGUCCAGUUCUUCAUCUUAAAAUAUCCAAAAAAAUUUUAAUAAUCUCGGAAAUGUUCAUUCUUUUGUACUACUUCUCACACUGUUAACAAUUAUAUUUUCAGAGUCUGUAUUUUUUAUUGUUUACAAUUAUAAACGGCCUACGUUAAAUUAACAUAAAACUUAUUUGAUUUUGGUUCGUAAAAAUAGUGAAUUCAUUAAGUCUUAAAAUUACCGACUCAGUUGAAAUAAUUAUACUUAUAAAUGUAAAAAAUAUAUGAGAAGGGAUCUGCAAGCACUCGAAAUAAAUA